AUGUUGUCGAAGUUCAUUCAGAUCACGUUCUAUGGGAAAAAACUUAUCAGGAGUCGAAGUACGAAUAUAAAGAUUUUAAAUAUGAAGUGCCUCCUAGUGAUUUCUGCUCUCCUGGUACUGGCAGCUGCGGAGCAGUACAGUUCUGAAAACGAUGACUUGGACAUUGAAGCGGUUGUUGGAGAUCAGAGCUCUUUGAAAAUGUUCGCCGAAUGUUUCAACGAUAAAGGACCUUGUACAGAACAGAUGAAAGAUUUCAAAAAGGAUGUUCCGGAAGCAGUCGCAGAAGCGUGUGCCAAGUGUACACCAGCACAAAAACAUAUCUUCAAACGUUUCUUAGAGGUUCUUAAACAGAAAAUUACAGACGAGUAUCAGUUCUUUAAGCAAAAGUACGAUCCCGAAGAUAAACAUUUUGCUGCUUUAGAAACAGCUAUUGCGAAUGCU